UGGAAAGUCAGAGCUGCAGAUUUGCACUUGAAGGCAUCUGUUUUUAAAGAAGGGCGGAAGGAGUUUUCUGUCUUACAGGAAGAAGACAAAGUUGUGUUUGUGGGUUCAUCUGUUGAAUGUCUGCCGCAUCUUUUAGCUCCAGUCCUGGAAAACACCUUUAAGUUACCUUUGCUGCAGCCAAAGCUGUGUUAUCGCAGCCAUGACACUUUAAUAGUCUAAUUAAACUUAGCCGGAGCAGGUCGGUAGGUGUUGUUAGCGUAACAGAAGAGCGGUGAGAUGGCCAUCGCCCAUGUGGCUACGGAGUACAUGUUCAGCGAUUUCCUGCUGAAAGAGCCGAACCAGGCUCGAUACCGCAACAUCCGAACUGAGCUGGCUGUGGACAAGAUGGUGACCUGCGUGGCAGUGGGCCUGCCCCUCCUCCUCAUCUCUCUGGCCUUCGCUCAAGAAGUUUCAGUUGGUACUCAGAUCAGCUGUUUUGCUCCUACUAACUUCUCCUGGAGGCAGGCUGCGUAUGUGGAUUCAUACUGCUGGGCAGCCGUACAUACACACACACUACCUCUGUGGCUGCACAAGUUCUUUCCCUACAUUCUGUUGCUGGUGGCGGUGCUGAUGUACACCCCUGCGUUGUUCUGGAGAUUUUCUGUGGCGCCCCUCCUGCAGUCGGACCUCAGCUUCAUUAUGGAGGAGUUGGACCGGUGUUACAACCGUGCUGUCACUCUGGCCAAACGCAUCGCCACCUCAGGACUGCUCACCCCAGACAGCGACCCUACCGAGGGCUGUUUCAAUUACCCGCUGGUGGAGAAGUUUCUGAUGACCAAGCGUUGCUCGCGGGUGCUGCUGUUUUACUACCUGCUUUGUCGUGGCCUAACUUUUGUCACGCUGCUGUGUGCCUGCAUCUAUCUGGCCUACUACCUCCGCCUGGCCUCCGUCACAGAUGAGUUUGGCUGCAUGCUGCGUGUCGGCCUGCUUGCCUCCGACCCGGGCAUCCCCGACAAGGUGCAGUGUAAACUCAUUGCUGUGGGAGUCUUCUCUUUGCUGAGCCUUGUCAACUUGGUCCUGUUCAUUGCACUGAUCCCCGUGGUGAUCUACGCCACUCUCCGUCCCCUCUUCUGCCAUGGAUACGCCCGCUUCCUGGAGACCUACCAAUCGCUGCCCACCGUGAGCGUCCUGCCCACCCCCGGUGGCCAUUGGGACGAUCUCUCUCUGUAUCUGCUCUACCUGGAGGAGAACAUCAGCGAACUGAAGUCCUACAAAUACAUCAAGGUCUUGGAGUUGUUGAGGAGACGAGGUGAAUGCUCCGGAGAAAACUUUGACGCCAUGGGUCUGCUGCAGACUCUCUGUCUGGUGAAGAUGGACAGCGUGGAUGGGAAUAAACCUACCGGUGCUGCAGGGAAACAGGAUCAAGUAAAAACUAAUGCAGCUGACUCUGCCAGCAGCCCCUCAGUAGCCAACACUGGAGCAGCUAACAACAGCUGCAACCGUCUGAACUCAGCUGCAACUAACGACAGCAAGAUGGAAACCGAGAUGAAAGAGCUCACUCCCUUGCUGCCAGGAAACAGCGACGUAACGGGCAACCAAACUAGUGAGGGAGGGACUCUCCGGCUGCGAGCGAUGUGAAUGGCUUUUGGCACGGUGAUGGAGACCUGGACAAAGGGGUUUCUUGGGGGAAAUAACUUCACCACUAUCCCAUGGUGCAUCCACAACUCAUGACCUUCUUGUCCUGAUGGAGGGAUGGGAGAGUGUAGCACCAUCAUGGGUAUCAGUUCCAUCUCAUCUUCUAGGCCUUCAUCAGCAUGGGAUUCACAAACUCAAAUGUUUUUAGUCCCUAUCUUUGAAUGAUGUCCUUGUUUAUUUGAAGUGGUUUGAGAAGCAGAUUUUUGUUUUGUUUGGCGCAGUGCAGAAUUAAAAGGGGAGGAAGGGAGCACUGGAUGACAUAAGUCUAGACACUAGAACGGUUCAGUAGAGUAAAACUGGUACAGAUUUCAGGAAUCAUGGAAUUUGUCGAACUCUUAAGGACUAAUCCAAAUCCAAGUACUAAAAUGCAGAUAAAGAUGCAACUGUUCUGCCCUAUGAAUUAUAGGAUAUGAUGUCAGACUGACGGUACCUAAAGCAGGUCUGCUUCACAUUGUUUUUAAAUAUAUCAAGAGUGUUGGGAUGUGAUACAUAUUUACAUGUUUACACAGCUAUCAGGGAUGAGUAGUUUUUUUUAAAGGAUUUGCUUGUUUUGACUCACAACCCAUGUAUUUAAUUAUAUUAGAGAGAGUUUGUUUGCCUGAUACACUGUAUUUCCUGACUAUUUAAAUGCAGUAGAUGUUGAGCACAAGAGGUUGCUUACUGCGUAAACCAGCAGGAUAUUUAGGGUAGGUGUUUGUCGGAGGGGAUUUUCAUUUGUUCAACCCCUCAUUUAGAAAGCGUCCUAAAACAAUUUCCUAAAUUGUCCUAAAAGUAUGAAAUUGUCAAAAUUGCAGUCAUGUGGUUUUCAUCAGAAGGAGAGAUUAUGUAUUUAUUUGCACUGUCAUUGUGGGAAAAUGUACUUUUUUAUGAGAUUGUCAAUCACAUUUCAAUACAUUGUCAAGAUUGUAAAGGGGAAUGCCACUGAAUGAGGAAUUCAUUCUUGAUCAUUCUGUUAUAUGGUUUAGAAAGUAAUAUGACAAGGCAGCUAAAACAUGACAGAUGUUUUAGCUACAUGACAGAUGUAACAGCACAGUUUUAGGUGUUGAGCUCUCCGGUCUAUUUUAGAGGAGCAUUCUCAGUUUUUUAUGUCAUUGAUUGGAUUAUACAAAAAUAACAUGAAUUCCUAAAUUGUUUGGCAUCUGCCCUUAAGAGCUGGAUGUGUCUCAUUUAUGUGGACUGGAUAUUUUUCUCAUGCAGAUCUGUUGAUUGUUGUUGUUUUACACUACACAAUACAGUGAUUCAAAUGCAGGAAGCUUUCAUUUAAUGUGAUAUUUAUCGUGUUCAUUGAUUAAAGGUUCAGUAUGUAAUAUUUA